UGCCCAGUCACAGGAGAGUCACUCUCUGGAGGAAGAGGAAGCAAUUCCCUGCAUCUGUCUCUGCUAAAUGCCAAUAGCGACAGACAACGAUAGCGACAAGGACAAAGCCAACUCCAACUCCUGGUCCCCCAGCCCCUUGCCCAGCUAUCUGGAAGCCCCCAGUGGGCAGUGGUCGAGGGCAGUGGGCAGGUCAGUCCUGCCACUGACAGAGACUGAGGAGGAGGAGAGGCUCUUCGUUAACAUGGCUGGGAGAGAGUUCCCAGUGGGAAAGUGAUAGUGAUGAGGAGCUUUCCCAGUGGGAAGAUGUGACAGUGAGAGAAACAUACUAACAGCAAGUCCUGACAGUCCAAGAAAUUUCCCAGCAGGGAGCCAGGAAGAGCUGAGAGCCGUACCAACGUCAGAAUAAACCUGUCCCUGUGGAACCUCAGAACAAAGAGCCUCCUCCUUUCUCCUUUACCCAGUCCCUGACAUUGCUAAUUCUGCACUGUAGAGCAACUGGCUCUUCAGGUUUGCCUGUGAGCAAAACCCAGUCCCCAGCCAUUCCCCACUCCUAGCACAGUGCCGGAGUACCAACAGAGCUAGCCAGGGCUCCGGUGGGCUGUGUCAGUUUCCCAGUACAGUGAUGAGAGACACAUGAAGAGCUCUAUGAGAGCUCUUGAAGAGAAGUCUUUGUCCUUCAACAGUGGUUGGCUGUAAAAGUAGAAUCUGUAGUUACAGCCAAAGGGAAGAGAGCUCAGUGCCUGCCCCACACAGCACCCCCAGCCCCUCACCUGCCCAGCUGGGACCCCAGGCCCCCAGUGAGCAGCAAGAGGAGGCAGCAGUGGGGUCAGUGCAGUCACUGGGGGAGAGGAAGGAGGACUUCAGUGAGGAAAUGAAAUGGUGGCAAUUCUUGGAUGAACUGGAGCCUUUCCUGGUGAGAGACCCAGAGAUAUCCCAGGUGUCUGUCACAGGACACAGCGUGAGUAUUUCUUUGGGAGAGGAGAUCCCAGUGCUUGCUCCUUGUGAGGCUUUGUUUGAGCACCUGGCACAGGAGCUGUGCAGCCAAGGGCAGGUGCCUGCCCCACACAGCUUGCCCAGCCCAGGCCCUCAGAGAGCAGCAGCAGGAGGGGGCAGCAUCAGCAUCAGUGCGGGCAGUGCAAGAGAGCGAGGAGAGGACCCUUCUGGGGAGGACAAAGAGUGGGAAGACAACACCAAGCCAGAGCUUUCCCACUGGGAAAAUAAGGAAGAGACAGAGGUGUCCCAUGGAGAAAUUAACAACUUCCAAAAAGUGUCCCAUGGGGAAGAGUGCCCUAAACAGCUGUCAUCCCAGGAAGAGCACUCUGACUGGAACGAGCGCACAGAGGAAAACCUGUCCCAUGGAGAAGUCACAAGUUACCAUGAACAGUCUGAAUGCAAAGAAUCCUUGGAACAAGAACUGUCCCAGGGAGAAACCAACAGCUCCCAAGACCUCUCAGACUGGGAAGAAUACAUUGAGCAAAGGCUGUCCCAAGGAGCUGGCUACAACUUUGAAGACUGGGAAGAAUACAUUGGCUAAGACCUUUCCCAGGGGAAAGCCUGCAUUGGCCAAGAUGCAUUGAGAGGGAAUGGCAGCAGACCCUCAGUACAGUCUGAUUGGGAUUUGUGCAGAAGAGCUGUGAAGGAGGUCAUGCAGAAUUGUGAAGAUAAGAGCAAUCAUGGCAUCUGGACCAAGCCCUUGGCCCCAGAAGAGGAUGAGUGGGAUGAGGUGAGCAUUGUGUAGCUGCUCCCAGAAGAGGACAGAGGGCAAAACUGGAGAGUUUUUGCGGCAGAUGGGUUCCUCAAUGCCUGUCCCUUGUGAGGCCUGGGUUGAGGACCAGGCAGUGUAGCCACGCAGCCCAGGGCUGCUCUGUGCCUGGCCUGUGCCCUUGAAAUGCCAAGCCCCUGUGGGACACAUGGCGUCUCUUGCCUUCAAGGAGCCAUUGCCAGAGGCAGGGACAGAGAGCCAGGGGUCUUCCCUGCACAUCCCCCCCAGCCCCUUUCCUGCCCAGCUGGGAGCCCAGGCCCUCCAUGGGCAGCCAGCUGCUCCCAGGAAACACCCUUCCCACUUCAGGUGGGCGCUGCAGGCACAGCAGGGGCUGUUCCAGUGCCCCUGCCUGAGGGCACAGAAUGAGGACUAAAACAGACAAGGAAAAAGAUGAAGAUGAAAAAGAAAAAGUAGAAGAGAACAAAGAUGCUGAAGAAGAUGAUGAAGACAACGACAACGAAGCAGAUGAAGACUAAGAUGACGAAGAAGGCAAAGACAAAGACGACAAAGAUGAA